AUGAGGGUAAAAGUUUCAAGGAACUUCAAAAGUCCUGACAUGGAUCUAUACGACGGGACCACUGACCCAAAGCAUCACCUGAGCAACUUCAAAAGUUGGAUGUACUUAGCCGACGCCUCUGAUGCUACCCACUGUAAAGCCUUUCCAACGACUUUGACAAAGGCGGCAAUGAAGUGGUUUGAUAGCCUCCCCCCAAGGUCGGUCACCAGUUUCGAUGACCUCUUGCGUAAGUUUCUUAUGCAAUUUUCAAUUCAAAAGGACAAAGUCAAGCACGCGCCGAGUCUCCUGGGAGUAAAACAGGAGAUCGGAGAACCCCUGAAAGACUACAUGGAAAGGUUCAACAAGGCGUGCCUAGAAAUUCAAGAUCUGCCUACAAAAGCAGUGAUUAUGGGUCUAGUAAAUGGACUUCGAGAAGAAAAGCUGGCUCAAGAAGGCCGGCUUGAUAGAUAUCUCAUGGAAAGGUCGGACACUUAUGGGAAAAGGAAGCGAGAUGAAGAAGAUCGGAGAGAUCCACCACGGAUCCUGGAGCAACAUAUACAUAUGAUCUUGGAAGGGUUUGUUGGAGGAGGUCUCACAAAGUCAUCUCGUAAGAGACAUCUGAAAGAAGUCUACCAGGUCGGGGGCGAACUGCCUGACCUCCCAAUCAUCUCUUUCACUAAAGAAGAUGAGAAGGGUAUUGUUCCCGGACAUGACGAUUCGGUGGUAAUUACCAUGAUUCUCGCCAAUGUCCAUCUACACAGAACCCUGGUGGAUUAG